GUGGUUAUCAACACCAUGUGUGGCCAGGGCAUGCAGCAGUUAGAGUUCGUUGAAGCUGGGGACCACAUCUACACCAACGGCUGCAUCGACAAACUGGUGGAUUGGAUACACAGUAACUUGUUUCUACUGGGAGGCAUCGCCCUGGGACUGGCCAUACCGCAGCUGGUUGGCAUCCUCUUGUCUCAGAUUUUGAUAAAUCAGAUCAAAGACCAGAUAGAGCUUCAGAACUACAAUUUAAAGCACCGCUCAGACCCAUGGAGCUGACCCAGGCCCGAUCAGACCAGAAUCUGAUGAACGGCACCAGAGACACUGUGACACCAGCAGAUGGGGAUACUCUGCCUGGACUGAGCUUUGAUUAUCUUUGCUAUUAGACUUAAAAACACAAGACUAGUGUUCAGCCAGCUUGUGGACAAACCAUUAAUGUGCUUUUAAAUACUUUGCAUGAAAGUGGUGGUAAGUACACUCAACGGAAAGAGAUGGAGAAACAAGACUCUGUCUCCACCUCCUGGACAGAGACGGUGCAUGAAUUUCUCAAGCUUAAUACAUAAGUUAUUUUCCAAGCAGAGACAGGGAGGGUUAUUUGGUGGUCAGAGUCAAACUGAUGGAAUCGCUGACCUUUACUGAAGAGCUGCAGUUAGUAUUAUCUGUCACAAGUCGUUUUUUUGUCAAAGAUGCCAAAUAGGAGUGGGAGUUUAUGCAUAUCUAGUGUUUUUUGUUGCUAUUUUCAGAUGUAACUGUGAUGCUGCAAAUGUUAACUAACUGAAAAGGGAAUCUUUGUUCAUUUUUGAACAUACAUGGAACAAAAAUCUCAACGCAACGUUUUUGUUUUUACUACUAUUUUUUCUACAGGUACAAGUUAACCAUUUAAAAGCUGAGGAAAAUGUCUUGAUUUCUGUCAAAAACAUUGACAGAAGGCAAAGAAAUGUCCCAAAAAUUAACAAGAAAAUAAUAAAAAGUUACACGAAAAUUGGGAAAAUAAAAAACACUGAAAUGACCUCAAGGAAGUGCUAAGUAUAAAAUUUGAAUAUAUAUGGAUAUAUUUUUAUUUGUAUUUUUUCCAUAACAUAAUUUUAAAUAUAUAGUUAUGACUUUCUGGACAUUUUUCCAUAUUUUUGGAUAACACCUAAUAAUCCCCCACGGCUACGUUUCAUAUAAUUUUCUUAUCCCCUUUUACUCUUUUUUUAAAAUUUUUAUUUGCAGGGCAUUUUUUGACAAGUUGCUCAUUGCCUUUUUUCCAAUGUUUUCAAAAGAAUUCAAACCAUGGAUUGAAUGUUCAUAUUAUGUAUAUAUACAGGGGCUCUCACUUUGUC